AUGGCUACGGAAGAUAGAACCGCAGGCAGAUUCCAGGACAAAGACCUCCAGACGGUCUCUCAGGCACCGGAUUUUCAUUCGAAGAGCCGCAUCUGGCACCUCAUGAUUGCCGGUUCAUUUGCUGGUUCUGUCGAGACCAUGGCAAUGUCUCCCGUUUAUGCCGUGAGGCAAUAUAUGGUCAUUCGUUCCUUUUCGAAACAACCUGGGGGAAUUCAGCAUGGUUUUCAUUUCACAAUCCAAAGGAUGAUACCCUCUACUCUCUACCCCAGGAUAUGGAUGUUCGGCACCCGGCCAGCUCACGCUGUUUAUUUCUCUGUUUACGAGGUAUCAAAGGAAUUCUUGUCAGCCAGAAAUCCAAAGAACUCGGUCGCGCACGCAAUCUCUGGUGUCUUUACUAUUGCAUCAAGCUGCCUUGUUUUCACACCAAUAAAUAUGGUGAACACGAGCUUGCUGAUUGGGAAUUACAAAGGUGUCUUGGAUUAUGUCAAGAGGGUGACGCACGAGGAAGGACUCGGAGCGUUCUAUGGCUCCUACAUGAAUAGGAUCAUGACGUACGCACCUUAUUCGGCCGUUCAGUUCGCAAUGUACGAGCAAGCAAAGAGGAGACCGAUGGAGAUAUCACCGGAGAGUGAGUGUUGGCUGGUUCAUGUCACCGCUGGAGCUGCUGCUGGUGCGUCUGUAGCGGCUAUGACCACACCGCUGUACAACGUUAAAGCGCGGCUGUCUCGGUGUGUCAAUGACCACCACGACUCCGCUAGGAUUUCAUAUAGCCGUCUCCUCAUGACCGGUGUGAAAUAUGAAGGUUUAAUGGGACUUUACAGGGGAUGCGUACGUAAUAUGCUCAUCCAAGCUCCUGCAAUAGCCAUCGGUUGGUCCACUUAUGAGGCGGCCAAAUCUUUCUUUCAGGAUCUCAAUGGCGAUUCAAGCACGGCCUGA